AUAGUAAAAGGGCUGCUGACAGUUCUGCUUGCCAUCUCCAUCUCCAAGCAUUAUUAUUAUUAUUGCUAUUAUUGAACCCAAUGUUGUGUUGUGGUCUUUGUCGUCCCAGAGGGGAAAGCUAAGUCAUUGCAAGUGUCUGAUAGUAAAAGGGCUGCUGACAGUUCUGCUUGCCAUCUCCAUCUCCAAGCAUUAUUAUUAUUAUUACUAUUAUUAUUGCUAUUAUUGAACCCAAUGUUGUGUUGUGGUCUUUGUCGUCCCAGAGGGGAAAGCUAAGUCAUUGCAAGUGUCUGAUAGUAAAAGGGCUGCUGACAGUUCUGCUUGCCAUCUCCAUCUCCAAGCAUUAUUAUUAUUAUUACUAUUAUUAUUACUAUUAUUGAACCCAAUGUUGUGUUGUGGUCUUUGUCGUCCCAGAGGGGAAAGCUAAGUCAUUGCAAGUGUCUGAUAGUAAAAGGGCUGCUGACAGUUCUGCUUGCCAUCUCCAUCUCCAAGCAUUAUUAUUAUUAUUGCUAUUAUUGAACCCAAUGUUGUGUUGUGGUCUUUGUCGUCCCAGAGGGGAAAGCUAAGUCAUUGCAAGUGUCUGAUAGUAAAAAGGCUGCUGACAGUUCUGCUUGGCAUCUCCGUCUCCGACGACAUAACAAUAAACCCCGGGAACGGUGCCGUUUUGGCUCGUCUUUGUUCCUGUGCCAUCUGCACCCGUCAUUCCAGGCUCUCGUUGGAUUGCGACCCACAUCUGCCCCGUUUUGGGCGGGCCGUGGCUUCGUUCCCCAUUGUUCCCUGCCUCUGAGAAGCGAGUGGGAGACGGAAAGGUCUAUAAUAGGAGGGCUCUAAUAGAGAGAUAGAGAGAGAGCGAGAGAGAAAGAGAUGAAGCCGUGCCGCCCGGUGCCGCAUGCCGCCUCGGAAGCCGUUCCCAUUGGGCGCCAAUGGACUUUCUUUCAAGUAAGCGCGCUCGCGAUUGGGCAUCGCCUCCCUCGUGCCCGGCAGGAGACCCCAACCCAAUAGCGAGCGGCUGGAGCCUCAGUCAAACCUAUCCGCGAAAGGGAAGAUGAUCUGCAGGAGAAGCAUCUGGCUGGAGGAAGGAAGAGCGAUGUCCCGGCUGUCCUUAACGCGCUCCCCGGUUUCGCCCCUGGCCGCUCAAGGCAUCCCUCUCCCGGCGCAGCUCACCAAGUCCAAUGCGCCCGUCCACAUCGACGUAGGAGGACACAUGUACACCAGCAGCCUGGCCACCCUCACCAAGUACCCCGACUCCAGAAUAAGCCGCCUGUUUAAUGGCACGGAGCCCAUCGUCUUGGACAGUUUGAAACAGCAUUAUUUCAUCGACCGAGACGGAGAAAUUUUCAGAUACAUCCUGAGCUUCUUGAGGACGUCGAAGUUGCUGCUCCCCGAAGAUUUCAAGGACUUCCACCUCUUGUACGAAGAGGCCCGCUACUACCAGUUGCAGCCGAUGAUCAAGGAGCUGGAGCGGUGGAAGCAGGAGCGGGAGCAGAAGAAGCUCUUCCAGCCCUGCGACUGCCUGGUGGUGCGGGUCACGCCGGACCUGGGCGAGCGCAUUGCCCUCAGCGGGGAGAAGGCCCUCAUCGAGGAGAUCUUCCCCGAGACCGGGGACGUCAUGUGCAACUCCGUCAACGCCGGGUGGAACCAGGACCCCACCCACGUCAUCCGCUUCCCCCUCAACGGAUACUGCCGGCUCAAUUCCGUCCAGGUGCUGGAGCGGUUGUUCCAGAAGGGCUUCGCCGUGGCGGCCUCGUGCGGCGGAGGCGUGGACUCCUCCCAGUUCAGCGAGUACGUUUUAUGCCGCGAGGACCGGCGGCCGCAGCCCAACUCGGCCAUCAGGAUAAAGCAAGAGCCGCUGGACUGAAGGACCCCCGGACUCUGCUCCCCUCCUUUCCGUUGUGAACGUAGACGUCUUGAAUCCCAGUCCCUUUGGACGGCGUUGCGGCGGGCGGUGUUUCCGGCACAUCCGGAGACGACUCUUUGAGACGCGGCGCGACUACGUUGUGUUCCUCGAGCCUGGGGUUGUGGGAACCCCGCCGGUGCCGAGAGUGACCUUUUGACUGGACGUUGGCUGGGAAACGUGUCUCGUUUUUGAAGGAUGGCUCCAGGCACCUUUUCCGGAGGACGGGCUCCUCCUCCUCUUCCUCCUCCUCCUCCUCCUCGUGGCUCCAAGAACCGGAAGGAAGCUCGGCCUCGUCUUCCCCUCCGUCCCGUCUCCUUCCUUCCUUCCUUCCUUCCGAGCGUUCUUCCAACUCCUCCGUUUCUUCCCCCUUGUACAUCGCCGACCGUUUUCCCCCCCGUUCGCCCGUUGUAUCAAAAUGGCUUAUUUUUCUACAAAUACGUACUUCCCGCUCUCCGCGUUCAGGGACUGAUCCACGUUCUCUUCUGGUGCUGAACUCGUUUUUUGGAGACUUCGAGACAUCGUUUGGGGAGGGAAACCGGGGAGUGACGCUUCGCCAACUUCUCCAACAACAUUUACACUUUGGGAACGGAGACUCCGACGAGGUUGCGUGACAUUAAACCGACCCUGUCGUGGAGGCCAA